CGAUGUCCGACUUCCACAUCCACCCUCAGAACGCAGUGGUGGAGGAAGGUGGUGUAGCCAGAUUCCAGUGCCAGAUCCAUGGCUUGCCUGAGCCGGUCAUCCUCUGGCAAAAGAACCGCAUGCCAGUCAACACAGACAACGAAAGGUACACGCUGCUUCCCAAGGGGGUCCUGCAGAUUACGGGACUGAGGGCAGAAGACAGUGGGAUUUUUCACUGCGUUGCUACCAAUAUUGCUAAUGUGAAGUUCAGCCGGGAGGCCAGACUCACCGUGUCAGGCUCCCACUCCACCGUUUACAAGGACCCCAUGAUUCUUGUCGGUCCGGAGAACCUCACGCUGACGGUGCACCAGACUGCUGUGCUGGAGUGCAUUGCAACAGGCAAUCCCCGGCCCAUCGUCUCCUGGAGCCGCCUAGAUGGCCGCCCGAUAGGCGUGGAGGGGAUCCAGGUGCUGGGGACAGGAAAUCUCAUGAUCUCGGACCUCACCGUGCAGCAUUCUGGCAUCUAUGUGUGCGCCGCGAACAAACCCGGCACUCGGGUGCGAAGGACCGCGCAGGGCAGGCUCGUUGUUCAAGCCCCUGCAGAGUUUGUGCAGCAUCCCCAGUCCAUUUCCAGGCCUGUGGGAACUACUGCCAUCUUCACGUGCGUGGCCCAAGGGGAACCCCCACCACAGAUCACUUGGCUGAAGAACGGGCAGAUCCUGGAGACCAGCGACCACAUUAAGCUGAAGAAUAACAACAGCACUCUCUCCAUCUACGGGAUCAACCAGGCGGAUGAAGCCAUCUACCAGUGCAUCGCCGAGAACAGCGCCGGCUCCACGCAAGCCAGCGCUCGCCUGACGGUCCUGUGGGCAGAUGGGCUGCCCGGUCCUCCGCAGAGCGUGAAGGCCGAGACUGUCUCUGCAACCACCAUCCAGGUGUCUUGGAAAGAGCCUCUGCAGAACACCAAGGAGAUCAUCGGCUACGUGCUGCACAUUCGGAAAGCUGCAGAUCCCGUAGAGAUGGAGUAUCAGGAGGCUGUUAGCAAGAGCACCUUCCAGCAGCUAGUGACUGAUUUAGAGCCCUCGACCAGCUAUAGCUUUUAUAUAAAGGCUUACACCUCCCGGGGUGCCAGCAAAGCCUCAGAAGUCACAGUGGUGAGCACGCUGGGAGAAGUCCCAGCCAUGCCAUCUCUCUUUAUUAAAGUCAUUAACAGCACCGCCGUCCAGGCUACAUGGGAGCCCUCCAUCAAACUGGGCCAGCACGAAGGCUUCAAACUGUAUUACCGCAAGGUCCACCUCUCCCAGUACACAGGUCCAGUGCUGCUGCCCAGCAACGUAACAGCGUACAACAUUACCCACCUGGAUGCAUCGGUGGUGUAUGAAGUCAAGCUCCUCGCCUAUAACCAGCACGGGGAUGGAAAUUCAACUGUCCGCUUCGUGUCCUUGAGGGAAACUGUGGAGAGGACAGUGCUGAAUCCCCCUUGCGACUGCAUGAAGGACGAGCAGAACAAUAAAACCUCCACCACCGGCAUCAUCAUUGGGAUCCACAUCGGCGUCACCUGCAUCAUAUUCUGCGUCCUCUUCCUCAUGUUUGGGUACAGAGGAAGGCUGCUGAUGUGCAAAAAUGUGCAGGAGCAGCUGUCAACCCCGCAGAUCCCCAGGAGCCAGCGGAGCGCCACGGGCCUCGUCCUGAACGGGGCCGCUCGCAGGGACAGGGACGACCGGGACUUGAAUGGAAAGCAGCUGGAUAUGAACGAGCUGGAGAGGUUAUUCCCAGCAUCCCCAUCCCAGGAGCAGCAGGAUAAGGGAAUAACGGUAAGUCCAGCAGGCCGGGAGCAUGGCUGGGAAAUGCAGACGCGGCUGCGUCUCUAA